AUGUCCCCCAAGAGAUCCGUCCAAGAACUUGAAGUGGAGUCUGUCCAAGAACAUCCAUCCGUCGCCAUUGGAAGCUUCUUCAAAGGUGUCAAUGUCCCACAGGAUGCCAAGUUUGAUUUAUACAAGAAGAAAUCAUCAUCUUCUUCCGCACAGGAUUUCCUGCUACAUGGUGAGAACUCCAGAUUGGAAUAUGAAGGUGCCACAGAUCAUUACGCAAGUAAUGCCACCCAAUCUGUCAUUGCUCUUUAUAACAAGAAGACUCAAAAGCUUCAACUUUAUAAGACCCCAAUCCUACCUUCAAAAGUGAUUGCUAAAUCAUCCAAGAAUUUGAGAGGACCCACUAUUAAACACACUUCCACACGUAACAAUGCGGUAUUAAGAAAUGCCUUAGGUGAAGCUUUUGGUACAAAGAAGGCCAAGAAGGCAAUUGCUGAUAUGGAAAGAAAUCGUAUUGAUUCUGAUAAAUUGACCACUGUCGCUGUUGAUAUUGUCGAUUCUGUUCGUGUAGCAUCAAAGGACUUGCCUACAAGAGAGGAAUUAAAUGAUCAAGUGUCCAAUGAUAGACCAACACCUGUAGCUAAUUUGGAAGCUACCGAUGUGGAACAAAUCUACCCUGUGGAAAACAUAAUACCUUCAAGAGAGAUGCAAUUCAUUCGUGUUGGUAGCCUAUUAAAGGAAAAAGAUAUGGAAAAGAAAUUGGAGCUAUUGCCUUAUCAAACAAAAUCCAAAUAUGUCAAUAAGAAAUUGACAACUUUAUCACAGAUGGGGAACCAAGGUGCCCUAAAGUUACAAUUAUUAUAUUACUUGAACUUAUUGAUGGGUGUGUAUGAAAAUAGAAGAUGUUUUAGCAAGGUGAAACUAAUGGAGAGAUUGAAUUCUCCACCAGAAACUCUUGUUGAUGGGAUUCUAGAUAGAUUUACAGUGGCCAAGUCAGGUCAAAUGGGGAGAUCCAAAGAGAGAUCAUUUUUUAUUGACCCACAACAUGAAGAUAAAUUGUUAUGUUUCAUUUUAGUCCUAGUAUUACAUUUGGAUAAUUUCAUUGUGGAGGUCACUCCGCUAGCACAAGAACUAAGCAUUAAACCAUCCAAAAUUGUGAGUUUGUUUAGAGCUAUUGGUGCUAUCGUUAAAGGUGCUACUGUAGCACAAGCUGAAGCAUUUGGUAUCCCAAAGAGUGCUGCUAACACUUAUAAGAUUGCCACAUUGAAAGUACCUUUCAAGUUACCAGAAAUGGUUUGA